GAAGGAGUUGCAAAUGCUAAGGAUACUAAACCACCAAAACUGGAUUCUAAUUCUGUUUCUAAAUCUGAUAUGGACAGCAAAAUGGAAAAAGACAUCUUGUCAACGUCUGGUGCUAAAAUGACUGCAACUGGUUGGGGUGAUGUACCCACAACCAGUACAUCUAGCUGGGGAGCUUCCGGUGUGGAUAUUACUGGUACAUCUUGUUGGGACAGUAUGGCGCAAAAAUCUGAUUCGUCUUCUAGUAACAGCAAAGUUUCACAGUGGUUAGAAACCACAGGAGUUUCGUUUACUGAAUUAGAAUGGGGACAAGAAAGUAUGGAACAUGAAGAAGGAUCUGAGGGUUCAUUAGAUGGGUGGACAACUGCUUCUUCUAAAAGAAAUAGGGUGAGAACUCAAGACUAUCUUUUGCUUUAUUUUGUUCUUACAUGUGACUACAGAAGAUAAAUAGGGUCGGAAGUAACUUGAAAAGCACACAAUACUGACCACUAGUUGAGUCUACUUGGGUUGUAUGACCAAUCAGUAGGGAGCUCAAGCAAAGAACUUUUUGAGCCACAAAGGUCAACCAGAAGUUAGGCAGGGUGCCAAGAAAGUCAGUUUUAUAGCUUGCCAUUUGGGCCAGCUGUAGCUGGCAUGUACUAGCCCAAAAGUCAUUUCAACUAACCCCCUCCUCCCUUCAAAAAAUAAUUGAUGGCAAUGAUUACAAUUCUUCUAUAAGUUGAAUUUUCCAAAAAACUUCACUUCCCCAUCGUGCAGGAUUCACUAGCCCAAGAGCAAAAUCCACUAGCCCUAGGCUAUCGAACACCACUUUCUUUGCACUCUGGUUAGGCCGUUUGCCUUUUAAUAUGCCUUGACACUACCAAAUUGCCUGAAAAUGUGGGUAUAAUCAUUGUUCAAGAAUGCAAGAAGGCCAUUUCCAGUUGACAUGAAAUAGUAUCACUCAAACACGUCUCUGCUUGAGCUCGCUAGUGACGCCUUUGCACCCACAAAUUGGAGCUCAAUCAUGGCUUGAUUAACAGACAUUACGACUUACAGCUAUGGGCUCUGAGUUGAUGUAAGUCAUAAUAAGGUCCGACAAUUAUUGUUUACAAGUCAUUAUCAGCAUCAAUGACAGUGGGGUGUUCUGUUACUAUACAUAAACCAACUGCCUCGCUUAAGUGGAAGGUGGGUGCCUGGGAUAUCCAGGGGCUUCCAUUGUGGCUAGCCAGCCACUAGAUAGAAUACUGCCCCCAUGGCUCGCAAAUCCCUGCAACCCAGCGAUUAGCCCUCAUUCCAGGCACCCGUCACACUGAUGAAACAGUGGAAGGAAGAAAAAUAAGGGAUGGGAGGGGGGGGGGGGUUAGAUGCUUAAUGAACCACUCUACAGACCACUGCACAAAUGCUCAGUGGUAUUGAUGGUGCAAAAACCUUGUGUUUAUUGAGGGAACGCAGUGCCCCCAUCGGUGUUCUCUUGACAAAUUUUCGUAUUAGCUCUCUUUGCUAGAUGUGAGGCACAAGGUGUUGGCAUGACAUUCUCCCUCAAAAUGCACAAGCAUCACAGGUCAUUUUAGUUGCUCACCAUUUUCACACUCUAUAAACCUUCUUUCUAACAUGUUCUCGACCAUUGAAAGAAUACGGCUAUUAUGCAGUCUAGAUGACAUAGUCGUGGAGAGCAGAUAUUUUGCCAGUUUCAGUAAUCACUUGUUGCUUUUAGGCUCCUAAACCUGCUAAUGAUUCAAAUGCAUGGAUGAACAGGUCUCUUAAACAACUACUAGACAUGGGCUUCAAGGUAAGACAAUGUUCACUGAGUUCCUGCUGUGACUUUUGUAAGUGGUCCAGAACUAGCUAUGGCUGCUUAGAAUAAAGAAGUGUACUGUUAGUUGUCUUGUAUUAGCAAUACCAUAGAUACGGUUAACCUGUAUACUUUCAGAGCUAUGCAUCCCCCACUCCUCACUUUACUAUCACCAAACACUGUUAAAACUAGCAUGAAAUGUCUGUUUUACAAAGGUGUCUUGUACACAGUCAAAGAAAGGGGCUAAACAUGAAAUUAAAGUAGCACUAUAAAUAAUUGAUGGCACUCAGGUCAAGCCAAUAGAACUAACUGUAGCAUACAUACUCUGUUUUUGUCUGGCAAAUGCACAUUAAAGCGAGGGGAUAGGGCUAUUAGAUUAGUUCGCUUUCUGUAAGAAUGAGUUAGCUUGUUACACUGCUACCACUGCACCAUCCUUUGAAACGUAUGGUAGUCUGAUCUGUAUGGCUAAUUGUUAUGUUUUAAUACUGUCAUGUUCAGCAAGUGGAUGCAGAAAAGGCCCUCAAGGCUAAUCAUAUGAAUAUUGAAAGCGCAAUAGGUAAGUGAAGUCAUGUGUUUUUUCAUGUGUGAGACAUUACCACUGUAAAUGUUGAAGAGGUGUCAUUUCUUUUUUCCUUUUGGUGAGUUUUAGUGUAUUGGGCGAGUACCCUGUUGCAGUCCAGUUGUACCGUAAUAACUUGCUAGAUUUAAGGAAGGAUAAAUUGUGUUCUUGUUUACACUUUCUUCAAAAGGCUUUGGAAGCCUUUAGUUCUUCUUUAGCUAUCAUGAGAGGCACUCUAUAAGCCAAGUGACGGAAAUGUGGCUUUUUGCGCAAAGCACGAGACAAGUGCCCAGUUUGCCUCACUUGGUUCAAAGCACCUGUCAUGCAGGCUAGGUCUUCUUAGACUUAAAGUUAGACUUCAUCACGUGUAAUCAAAGACCAAGUAGCUGAUUAUCUGUUGAUGUGUUUGUAGGGUACUUGCUGGCUAUGAACAUCAAUGAAAACACAGAACAGUUAUCUGGAGUCCCUGCGGAACCUGAUCCAGCGGAAGCAGCAAGAAUCCAACAGCAACAGCAGCAGAGUCAGAGCAAACUUAACCGGAAACAACGUAGAAAGCUUCAACAACAGCAGCAAGCUGAGCAACAAAGUCUUGCAGCUAAUAAACCUGAUCUAAAACAGACGCCAUCUGAACUCUUAGCUUCUAAUUCAGUGACUCAAACAAAUGAAACACUUGUUAAACCUAGUACUGAGCCACAGAGUAAAGCGCAGGACACUGUGGUAUCGAGAACUGAAGACACACAGGGUGAUUCAAACAGUAAACUCGCUGCCCCAACAACAAAAAGUGAUAAACCUGCUCAGUCUGGAACAGGGGCAUCAAAGCCAGUUAAUGGACAAGCACAGUUGCCAGGUAACGGGAAAAGAGCAGGCCCACCAUUAAUACCUCCUGCGCCUGGCCCAGGAGUACAGGGACCUUUAAGGCCUCCUCUGGCCCAUCCACUACUUCACCCUCAGCUUGUUCAACAGCUUCAUCUGCAGCAGCAGUUACGGAUGGCCCAGGGAGGGCUGCUUCAACCUCCGGUCACUCCACAACAGUUUGCUAUGCUGCAACAAAUUGCUCAGCUUCAGCUUGUGCAGCAGAGACUAGCUGCACAAUCUGUUGCUCAGCAACACUUGGGACAAAAACAGCAGGUGGUGCCUCAACAGCAGCUCUAUCAACAACAGCAGCAGAUUGCGCUCAUGAUUGCUCAGAUGCAGCAAGUCUUACAGCAACAGCCUGGUUUGGCUGGCCGGCUCCCUGCACUACAGUUUUCGGCAGUGCCUCAGCAGCAGUCUAUAACUCAACAACAGCAACAGCCUUCCCCAACUAAUCAGCAGAAAGGUAACAAACCUGUAACAAAUGACAAGCCACCUAGCGAGUCUUCACAGACUAAAACUACUGAAACUGUUAAAUCUCAAUCAAAGGAAUCUCUUAAUGUCACCCCUGUAACAGCGGAGGAACAGCCAAAACAGCCUUCUCCCGUCACACAAUCUCGACUUACCCAAUGGAAGCAGCCAGUACUGCAGGAUUCUGCUCCAGUCACUCAACCAUCAGUCUCCAGCAGUACACCGACAUCAGUGGACUCGAAACCUCCAACAGACUCCAGCUCUACACUGUCUCCUUCCGUACUAUCCAGUGUUGUUUCCGCACCCACAAUUUCAACUAGUGACACAGCUGAUCAUUCAGCACCCAACAGCAACAAUGUAUCGCCACGCACAAGAAUUUCCGAUCCAGUUUCCAGUAGGUGGGGUGUUGAUGCAGGCCCUAAGCUGUCAGCAGAUCCGCCGGAGUUCAAACCUGGUGUGCCAUGGCGCCCUGCGCCUAAAAACGACAAAAGGGAGGAUGGAAGAGAAGGCCUUCCUGUCGCCACUGUGGAGGCCUCGGGUCGCUCGUCUUCCACUAGUAGUGAUUCUCAAUCAGAUAGCUGGCCGACUCCAGGAACUCAAACUAUCAGUGCUCCAAGCAGUGUUUCUCCUACAAGUAGUGUAAAGACUGCUAAUGAAGUGAACACUACAGCUAAUUCCACCUUUCCGUCUAUGUCAAUCAACAGCAACACAUUUGAGUCUAGCCAAGUUGACUUCGGUCUCAAUUCAACAUCCUGGCAGGCGGCAGACAACAAAACCCCACUGCCACCCCCUCAAGGGGCAAAUAAACAAGGGUCGAGUGUGGCAUCCUUGUUACGACCACCCCCUGGGCUGGGAAAUGACGCUGCCCUUCCUGAGUCACCUCUCUUUGAUGAAGAACCCCCUCCUUGGCUAAAGACUUUAAUAGACUCUGGCUUUGGCGACAAAGCCCAGCCGGAAUUUCAGUUUAGUCGUUUUGGCUUUGCCAAUAACUCUGCGCCGUGGAGUCCUCGAGAUGCAGUUUCACAACCGUUUAGUCCGCUGACACCUAACCCACAACCUUGGGCUGCUGUUGGAGGGCCAGCCCCUCCGUCAUCUGCAGGAUCAGCCAUUUCCAUGCCAAACAUUGACAAUGUCAGAAGUGGAAGCACAGACUCUCCUGCAGAGCCACCAAACCUGCAGAACUCUGGCAUGAUUUGGUCCACCAAUCAACCCAUUCCAAGUGCGGAGGAAAAGCUUUCAGGCAGCCGGCCCUUGACACAAUUACCUCCUGUUUCCGCAGCGAGUGGUGUAGCUCCUUCUAGAAGCACAGCUAAUUCCAUGUCCACGUGGUUGGUGCUUCGAAACCUCUCACCAAGGGUAAGUUGUAAAUCGCAAUCUUAGAUUCUACGCUCACUUUCAUGGGCCCUUUUAAAAGAUGUGUAACACUCAUAGCAAGUGCAAGAUCUUGAAACUUUGCACAUAUUUUAGAAUGGCCGUUGAGACGUGUAAUCCAUCUUCAAAAUCCAUCAAAAUUGACGGAUGAACAGAUGGAUAAAGUCAGGCGGAUUGUUCAUCAAAAAUUAAAACGGUUCCAUUUUCAAAUUAAGUCAUAUCUGUCUGGCGCGAAUUAUCCGUCGAAAACCCGUCUCUAGUGUGAAAAUGGCCCUCGUAGGAAUUAUAUAUCUUUUGUAGACGAGCGAUGCUAUUUGACGGUUGAUACCAUCAUUAGUAACCGAGCGCAAAUUCAAUGUAGAUGUAAAAUAUGCUCUGGACUAAGUUACAGGAAGGCAAAACAUACACUUUGAUUCAAGGUUGUCUAUUCUUUUCUUUUAAGGGAAAGUUCAUUUAAUAUGACAAGGGGGGGGGGAUGAAGAUAUUGAAACUCGAAGCUUGAAAUUUUAGCAGCCCCCCUCGCUAGCGGUUCAAUUUUUUAGGAGCCCCCUCCUUGGUAGUCGAAAAANUUGUUACGACCACCUCCUGGGCUGGGAAAUGACGCUGCCCUUCCUGAGUCACCUCUCUUUGAUGAAGAGCCACCUCCUUGGCUGAAAACUUUAAUAGACUCUGGCUUUGGCGACAAAGCCCAGCCGGAAUUUCAGUUUAGUCGUUUUGGCUUUGCCAAUAACUCUGCGCCGUGGAGUCCUCGAGAUGCAGUUUCACAACCGUUUAGUCCACUGACACCUAACCCACAGCCUUGGGCUGCUGUUGGAGGGCCAGCCCCCCCGUCAUCUGCAGGGUCAGCCAUGUCCAUGCCAAACAUUGACAAUGUCAGAAGUGGAAGCACAGACUCUCCUGCAGAGCCACCAAACCUGCAGAACUCUGGCAUGAUUUGGUCCACCAAUCAACCUAUUCCGAGUGCGGAGGAAAAGCUUUCAGGCAGCCGGCCCUUGACACAACUACCUCCGGUUUCCGCAGCGAGUGGUGUAGCUCCUUCCAGAAGCACAGCUAAUUCCAUGUCCACGUGGUUGGUGCUUCGAAACCUCUCACCAAGGGUAAGUUGUAAAUCGCAAUCUUGGAUUCUACGCUCACUGUCUGGGGCCCUUUUAAAAGAUGUGUAACACUCAUAGCAAGUGCAAGAUCUUGAAACUUUGCACAUGUGUCUGUUUAGAAUGGCCGUUGAGACGUAUAAUCCAUCUUCAAAAUCCGUCAAAAUUGACGGAUGAUCAGAUGGAUGAAGUCAGGCGGAUUGUUCAUCAAAAAUUAAAACCGUUCCAUUUUCAAAUUAAGUCGUAUUAUCUGUCUGGCGCGAAUUAUCUCUCGGAAACCCGUGUCUGGUGUGAAAAUGGCCAACGUAGGAAUGGCCAACGUACGAUAUCCUUUGUAGACAAGCGAUGCUAUUUUAACGGUUGAUACCAUCAUUAGUAACCGAGCGCAAAUUCAAUGUAGAUGUAAAAUAUGCUCUGGACUAAGUUACAGCAAGGCAAAACAUACACUUUGAUUCAAGGUUGUCUAUUCUUUUCUUUUAAGUGUCUUAAAAUUGACAUUGCUUGUUGAUGAAGAGAAAAAUUACACCAUACGAUUGGACAUCGCUGUUGUAACGAAACAAUGGGGGAAUUGAUAACUAAAAAAUACGGAAACGUUGCUCAACUCGAGUGUCUACUGCUUUAAGAAAUCGACGAGGAACCCUGGAAAACGUAGAUGACUUGAAGCAAAUCAGAUUAGCAUCAAGAGGGAUUUUGAGUCGUGGUGCUAUUUUCUAAACUAAUUGAGCUUUUUGUUUGUUUUAGAUGGAUCCUAAAUCUUUGCGCCCCCUGUGCGAGAGACAUGGUCCCCUGCUGACAUUCCAGCUUAACCUGCGCCAUGGUAACAGCCUGAUUCGCUAUGGCAGUAUGGACGAGGCAGCCAAGGCAAGGGCAGCACUUAAUGGUUUGAUGCUGAACGGCAAUCAGGUGGUGGCUGACUUUGCUACUGAUGGUGAUAUCGGCAGCUUCUUUGAACAGACCAUGGAUUGGAGCUCCAACCCGUUCCCGAGCAACACAUACGGUAACCAGUGGUCUUUUCAGAACAUGCUUGGUCCUGGAACAGCCAGUGAAGGCAUUCAGAACGUGUCAAGUGAACAAACAGCCCCUAAAAUCACUAACCCUGCCCCUGGCAUGCAGUGGGGUGCAGCAGUUGGACCCAUGCCUCCGCAGGCCGUACUUGGUGGUGAACAAUCGAAAGUCACUGCGCCCAUCGGUCAGUGGGGUAGCGUACCACAAGGAAGCGAGCAACCUGGUCCCAAGGCUAGCAACACACAUCCUACUAUCUCUUGGGGAAAUAACCAAGGAACCGCUCCAGUGCCUUCUUUUUUGUGGAGUUCCGGUCCCUCGCAGCAAAUCCUUGGGGGAAAUUUUUCCCAACCUCCCAGCAUGUGGUCGUUUCCAGCGGGAAUCCCGCGGGAUGUGGAGCCCCAGUCGGGUUCGGGUGACGGUCUUGUUAGCCCUUCCAUGACAACAUUUCUUCCACCCGGACUUCUAAACGGAGGAAGCGACUCAAUGUGA